CCACGCCCGCCGGAAGAGCCGGCAGCCCGGGCGCUGCUUCUGGCGCCAGACUGCCCUGGCCGAGAGUAGGUCGCGAGCCCUGAGAUGCGGCCUCAGGAUAGCGCCGGGGCCGUGGAGCUCGAGGAGCCCGGGCUGCCGCUGACGGACGAUGCUCCCCCGGGCGCCAGUGAGGAGCCGGCGGCCGCCGAGGCAGGGGGGGCGCCAGACAGCGGCAGGUGCUGGCUCUGCCUUUCCUCGCGGUGUUGCUCCCGCACCGAGCCGGAAGCCAAGAAGAAAGCACCCUGUCCUGGACUUGGCUUGUUUUACACAUUAUUGUCUGCCUUCUGUUUCUCAGUGAGCUCUUUAUUGGUUAAAAAAGUGCAAGACGUCCAUGCUGUAGAGAUUAGUGCAUUUCGAUGUGUGCUUCAAAUGCUAAUUGUUCUCCCUUGCUUAAUAUACAGAAAAACUGGGUUUAUAGGCCCAAAAAGUCAUCGAAUUUUCCUCAUUCUCAGAGGAGUCCUUGGUUCUACCUCCAUGAUGCUUAUAUACUAUGCUUUCCAGACAAUGGCCCUCGCUGAUGCCACAGUUAUCACAUUUAGCAGUCCAGUGUUUACGUCCAUAUUUGCUUGGAUAUGUCUCAAGGAAAAAUAUAGCCCUUGGGAUGCUCUUUUCACCAUGUUCACAAUCGCUGGAGUGAUCCUUAUCGUGAGACCACCAUUUUUGUUUGGUUCUUUGGGGAUCGAAGAAAGCUAUUCAGUCCACCUUAAGGGAACAUUCGCAGCAAUUGGACACGCCGUGUUUGCUGCAUCGACUCUAGUUAUCCUAAGAAAAAUGGGAAAAUCUGUGGACUACUUUCUGACCAUUUGGUAUUAUGUAGUACUUGGCCUCGUUGAAACUGUCAUCAUCCUCUUUAUAUUAGGAGAGUGGAGUCUGCCUUACUGUGGGUUGGACAGGCUAUUUCUCAUAUUCAUUGCACUCUUUGGUUUGGGGGCUCAGAUAUUUAUCACAAAAGCACUUCAAAUAGAAAAAGCAGGGCCAGUAGCAAUAAUGAGGACAAUGGAUGUGGUCUUUGCUUUUAUCUUUCAGAUUAUUUUCUUUAAUAACGUGCCAACAUGGUGGACAGUGGGUGGUGCUGUCUGCGUAGUAGCCAGUAAUGUUGGAGCGGCCGUUCGUAAAUGGUACCAAAGUUCCAAAUGAAGCAUCAUUGCAGAAAUACAUAUUUUUUUCAAGUACACCAUCACCUAAUUCACAGAUAGCAUAUGCACACAUCUGGAAAAUCUGCAUUUGCUUCGUUGGUUAUAUUUAAUAAAUUUCCUAAAGUACCAUUUUGGAAUAUAGUAUGUCUUUAAUUAGUUAAGAAUAGCUAGUCUGUUUGGCGUAACAAUAUUUUGGUAGCUUUGGUUUUGUUUUUUUGUUGUUGUUGGGGUCGAGUUGCUGAGAGGAGAGCUCACUGUUUGAAGAAAAACCAAAAAAUUUUAUGGCUAGUAAUAUUAUAUGUAAUUUUUAAAAUGUAUUUUUGGUACUGAUGGGAUAUGGGUGGGGAGGCCAUUUUAGAUAUUCUUUUAGCAGUGUAGAGCCUAAGAAACUUGGUUCUACCACCAUGAUCUUUACAUACUAUGCCUUCCAGACAAUUGAUAAUGCUGCUAUAAUUAGUAUUAUGUUGAUAAUUCAUUUGCAACCUUAUUCUAUUUAGGAGGACGAAGUUGAAGCUUAGAAUAGGUGCCUGCUUAAUGGUGUUAAUAAUACAGAUGAAUUAGCCUUAUUUUCAAGUAUUUUAUAAAUGAUUAUCAUACUUGUAACUCAUAUUUGUGCCUUUUCAUUUUAAUGCUGGAAUUUUUAUUAUGUCACCUCUAAAACACUUAACUUGCCAAAUUUGGCAAGUAGUUUUCUGUUUCAGUCGCAUUAGCAACUGCAGCUAGCAUUCUAUAAUUUUAAUUGUCCUCAGUUUUUUUUGAAACUGCUCUAAAUUUUUCUUAACAUUCCAGGAUUUCAGAUCUUUAAAUCACAAAGAGAAAUCUUGGCAUGACCAGUGUGCACAUUUCCAUCCUGAAGUGUUUUCUCUUCACUAGAAAUGUGAUUUUCUAUAAAUUCCCCUUGAAUUUAUAGUGUGAUGCCAAAUAAAAUUUUCUCAGGAUCUUAUUAGGUUGAACCAUAUGUAAUUGCCAAGAUUUUACUAUUUUAACUUAAAAAACCAUAGUUUCAUAUGGUUCACCCUAAUAGAUACCUCCCUUAUUCUCUAAAUGAAAUAGAAGACUUUGGAAUAUAUGUUUUUAAAGUAAUUUUUAAAAAUAUGAUAAUGUAUUAAACUUAUUUUUAUAGUUAUGAAAUUAUAUGUAAUAAUGUUUUAUGUUAUACAUUAAAGACUUGUGAAUCUAUGUUUGAUUGACUUUCGUAGUUUCCUGCAUUGAAAUAAAAAUCACUAUAAAUUCUAGUUUAUCAGCAUGAUGUUAAAUGUCAGUGCCAUACCUUGAUGCAGCACCAUGACACUAAUGCCACGAAUUCAAACAGCACAUUUUACAUCUGGAACUUCAUCAGACCAGUACUUUGCAGUUAGAGAGAAUUUAAUAUCUAGAAAAGCUUGGGAGGUUAGUCAGGACUUAGGGAGUACACAAAUGAUUCUUUGUUGUAACGAACCCUUUAUUGGUGAGGUUGCAGUAGCCUCCAGCUCUUACUGUGUCAGAUGAAGCAUCUGUCAUUAUCUUAAGCCCUCAGAGUUGAAAGGUUAUAGGCUCUUUUGUACCCUCUCAUCAUCAUUUUCCCAAAGCAAAGAGGAACUUGCCUUCUAGGAUUCAUGCCUUGGUGAGAAAGGAUCUUUUCCAAUAGUUAAAUGGGGGAAUUUUUGGCUUGCUGAUUUUAUCAAUUGCCUUGACACCUGACAAAUCCUAAAUGAAGUCUAUGUAGGUAAGUCAUCUCUAUUUCACCUAAUUUACAGUGUUGGAAUUUAGACUUGCAAAAACAUCACUCUGCAAAUACCUUAGAUAAUUAUAGAAUCAGGAGCAUUUGAGAACUCAGAGGUCUCAGAAAUCAUCACAUAGGGGCCAUGCUCCAUAGAUAGGGAUGAUAGAGAGGAGACCUGCCCAAGUUGAAUUUCCAUGGUCUUCCUCCCUCCCUUAGUUCCAUGAUAAAGUAUGGACCGUAAACCACUACUUGAGCCACCUAAGGUGAAUUAACUCUCAGGGAACCCUCUUCCAGUUCUUUACCUUGCACAACGAAAGAACCAAUGGCACCUAGAAAGUUAAAUCCCUUUAGGCCCAUACACUAGAGCAUGUUUUAUUUCAACAAUGUGGUUUAAGUACUUGAAUGUCACACUAUGUGACUGAGGUUAGAGAAAAUGUUUCUUCUAGCCCUUGCAGGUAUGAUUCUUAAACACAAUGUCCAAGGUGUAUACAAGGAUAUGUAUUGUAACAACUAUGGGUAUGUAUAUUUUCAGAGUGUAGUUUCCGUAUCUUGAAAAGUAAAAUAUUUUCAUAAAUUGUUUUUAUAAGUACUAAUAAAAUAAUAUGAAAGAAAGCUAUAUGUUGGUUGUUAUGAUUAUAGCAAACAUAUAAGUUAUUUCCCUUUCAACCCUGUGCUUCAAAAUUUAUUUUCUAUAGGAGAUUGACCUCUAGCCAUCCAGCUGGGAUAUAAUCUCAAGGUUUAAACUGUUUAUCUGACCCACUUGAACUAUCAAGAGGGUCAGAUGAACAGUGUAAUCUGUUUAUCUCUCCAAAAUAAAGGCAUUAAUCUUCUGUGUCAGUGAGACCUUCAUUCUUCUAGACCCUGAGAACUUAUAAAGCAGCUUUGAACUCUGUACUUUUUGUUCCUGUAGCAAAUCCGUUUCUAAAUCCUGAAGUCUUUCUUGUCUUAUUGUCUUCUUACUGUCUUAUGGAUUCAUUCUUUCCUCACCAUUUCCACUGCUACCAUCUUAGUCCAAGACUUAACACCUUACACCUGAAUUGCCACAACAGUACACUGGUUACCUGCUUCUAGACUCUUUCUUCUACUCUGAUUUCUGUCUCAGUGCCAACUCAGUGUUCCUAAAACCCUGCUUUCACUCUUACUUUGGUUCUCAUGAAACCACAGUGAUGCCUUAUUACACACCACAUCACAUCAAAUUGCUCAUCUGGCCCUAUUCCCACUUCUCCCACCUGAUUUCUACAUCUCAACACAAAUUGGAUACUCCAGUCAGCCUUACCACUAGCUCCCAUGUUUGCCAGUAGAGUCCUUCCUCUGCAUUUCCCGCCUGUCCUUACCUUCUCUUAUUUACCUUCUAAGGCCUGUUAGCCUCCAAUGCCUCAGCUUGGGCUUUUGUUUCCUCUGGACUCUAGCUUUUCCUACCUACAUAAUCCGUCUUGGAAGAGUGAGUAAAGCAUUGGAUUAGGAUCUGAAUAUCUAGUAUGGUUUUAUCACUUUUCAGCUGGGCAAAUCACCUAAUGCACCUGAGCCUGUUUUCCUCACUUGCCCAGUCCCUCUUGCAAACGAGUGCCAUAGAAGGGCUUGUAGACCAUUAAGAAGGAUGAAAACAUAAGUAUUCAACUGUGGUUAAGAAUGUAGAAUUGAGUAUUCACUCUCCUCUUCAAAAUGAGGCUUAUAAGAGAGUCCUUACUCCUGAGCAGCCUCACCAGGAACCAUAGGAACAUGCCUAUCAGAAUACAAACUCCAUUUGGCCCCCUCCUGCUAGCACAGAAUUGUGCUGCUGUUGGAAAGCUUUCACUUCCUAGCUGAUCUUCCCAGGUAGGGCUGCCAAGGAUCACCAGUCCUUUCAUGCGCAAGUGUUGCCACCUUUCCAGUUCUGUCCCUAGCUCUGGUCUUAUAUGGGUAUUAUACUUGGCUCUGACCUAGGGAAUGGGCCUGAAUCUUGUGUGUUUCCUGUGCACUAUGUACUCAGCAUGCUUCUUUUAGCCUCUUAUCUAUUGCACCCAGUAAGCAUAAUUAGUCUCUUGAGGGCAUUCUAGUAGGAAGAGAGCCAGAUGUCCUUGAUAGCACCCUGGUGUCUGAUCUGGUGUGUAUGGAUCCAUGGUCAAUAAUGGGCAUUAGAAUUUGGCUAUAUGGGUGAAGGCUGGAUAUACGAAUCCUGGACACUACCCUAAGCAUGCUGUUUUAUGCCCCCUUUGGUGCCUUAUAUCAAAUCUAAUACAGCUACCAUAUUCACCUAGAAUUCUGCAAGAUAACCUAUUAGGGACUCUGAUCCACAAAGAUGGAUCCACGUUUUAGCCUAUUUGAACAUUAAGUUUGGAGCUGGACCUGGGAAAACAAUUCACAGCCCAUGAACCUUGGCACUUCUCAUCUCCUGGAAAUUGGGGGGUGGGUUUUAUAGCAAGAGGGUAAGGAGAAGACAUAGCUGUUUUCAAGGGAGGGCAGGAAAUGUAGCAGAGAUGCCCAGUACACAGGAAAAGGUUCCACCGGGCCCAGGAAAUGUCACUACUAGAGAAAGGAGCCUGGGUCUCUUCUACUAAACUUUCAUGGUUCUAGAAACCAUGUGAGAUUAAUACCAGUAAGCCUGAUGAAGCAAAGGAAGUAACCUAGAUUCAUGAUUAGUUGCCAGGGUGGGAUCAGGAAAGUAUAAAACCAUAGUUGAGCAGAAGUAGACUUGGGCAGGAGGAAAUGUGUUCAGGUGAAUGGUGCAGCACAAAAGUACCAUGCCAGGGUUGGGAGCUCUGUGGUGCAGCAGAAGUAGAUGGAAAGACCACGUCAGAGAAGUGCAUUACUAACCAGAAGGCCUGUAUCUGAGGAUAUAAGAACCCGGCCAUUCUUACAGCUGUUCGAAGUAUACUUGGCCAUGAUUUAAGAUUAAGCUGUAUGUGUCAAGAACACACCAGAAAGAGAGAAACUAAUAAUACAACUAUCUUUGAUUUUUUCUAUGAUUAUAGCAGGUGCUAGCUCAAUAAUAUUGGAAUUGAAUUCAAAGCAAUAGCAGAAUUCAGAAUGGACUAACGUUUUCUUUCUUUUGAUACUCCCCCUGGGAAAUCAGCCACAUUGCUGUGAGGAAGCCUGGGUUACAUGGAAAAGCCCACAUGGAGAGGCCCAUGUGAAGAGGAACGGAGGCCCCAACACUUGGCCCCAUCUGCACUACCAGCUGAUAGCCAGCACGAGCCUGCCAGCCCUGUGAGUGUGCACGCUGGGAAUGGAUCCUCCAACUCUCAGAGUCUGCAGACCAUAUUUAAAUUCCCACAUGCUCCACGAUUGAAGAGAAUACAAAAGAUGAAACUGAAGUUCACCAUUUUAAUAGGACUAUAUUCUCCAAGAUCCCAGAACGCAUGUGUGACCCUGAUUCAGAUGUCUGCCUUCCUAUGGCACCAAAACAAUUUUUACUUGGAAAGGACACUAACAUUUAUUGAAUAAACCUCAUCUCAGCCAAGAGCUUCUUAAUCUUUGUCUCGUUCCCUCACCAACCCUGGGAGAUAGACUGAUUGGGAACUGAAGUUCAAAGAGGUUGAAUGGGGUUACCUACCUGUUAAAUUCUAGUCCCCUCAGUAGUAAAUGAUGAGGCUGGGCCACGUGGUCUGCCUGACUCCAAAGACCUUGCCCUUUCCAGUACUUCAUGCUGCCUCCAUACUUGAGGGUGGUAGAAUGCAGAACAGGGAGUCACUGUAGCAUUUGUCACUGUGGUGGUGAAAGGACUGUUUUUUAGCUUUGGGAUUUAGGGAUACAUAUGUCCUCCUUCCUCCUUCCCCUCCUAGAGCAAGAGCUAGAUGUGAAAGAAUAGAAGGUGAUGACAACACUGCAUAUAUUUCAGUUUUAUUUCUUCCAAUCUACUAAUCAACAUUUGUUGGGAAGUAGCCAUAAACAAUCCUAGCCAAUGCAAGGAAACACCAAAUAUUGUCAAGCCCUCACAUUGGUCAUAAUUGGAAGCAAACAUGACAUAUAUGGACUAUAUAAUCAGUUUGUGAGGGCUACAGCAAGAUGUUGUCCAAGAGCCUAGGCAUACGCUGGCUUCCUACAGCCUCCAAGCAGGAAAGAAUGGAGCUAUACACAGUCAUCUGAAUAUACAGAAGUGAACCCUGGGUCAGCCACAUUCAGCUAUAACUUCCCCAUACUGUUUCUACAGGUGCAAUGUGCCAAUCGGAAGAAAGGUGGCCAGCCUCAGGAGAAAGAAAAGGAGAGUGACUCUGGCAGGCCUGCUCCAUUGUAGAGAUGAGAUACACCAAGAGAGUGAGUUCCCAACUUUUCUCCCAAAAGCACCCCAAUAGCUGAGAAGAAUCUGGAGGCAUAGCUACCAUCACAGCUAUACUAAUCACCAUCCUUUACUGUGUCCUUCAGGUGUCUGUCCUAGCUAGUUUUGUGGUCUGGCUCCUUAAGUCCCUGAAACAAGUCUGUUUAUUUUCAUCAUAUUGAUGAGGUUAUAGAGCUUGGACAAAUUACAUGACUUUUCGAAGGUCACAUAGCUAGUAAAUGUCAAGUCUUAUUCUCAAAACCCUGGUUUGUCCAACUCCAAGCCUGUGCUCCUGACUCCACUAUUCUACUGCUCACCCUAAGCCUAAAGCCGCCCAAUUCAACCUCAAAUCUUCUUGGAGGCUUCAUGCUUUAAAAUAAAAAUCCAUGCAAUUUUUUGCAUCCUAAUUAAUAAUAUAUCUGUGUGUUUUAGUGUAAAAUUUUUUUUAAAUUACCAAUUCAGUUUUUUAGCUUUUUAUUCCCCAAAUCUCGGGUACCCUAGGCAGAUGUGUCAUAUUUAUCCUGGGCUUUAUGCACCUCUGGUUUGAGGGACUCUUGAACUUCAUUUUAAGAAACAUGGCCUAAUGAAUACACAGUCAGGUCUUCAUGCCCCUGAACACUACAUUAUAAAAUCAGCACUCCUUGUUCUUUGUAUAUUUGUGUUAUCAAGUAACUAGGUGAUUAUAAUCUGGCUUCUCAUAUACCAUAAGCGUAGAAGGGAAUCAAAAGAUUGAGUACCUGAUUCCCUAAACUGUUAAAUUUCCCCUUGUAUAUUAAUAAAAUUUGUAUUGCUUCACAAAUAA